CUUUUGUCUGCGCCUGUCUCUAUUAAAAAAAGUCCCUGCACAACACAAAUAUACAAUAAAUCUUCAUUUUCACUCGGGAGAUUUUUUGACAUGUCUGUGAAGAAACAGGCUGUAGAGGGUAAGAACAAUGGAAGCCACAAGUCGAGUCAUUAUUAUCGAUGUUUGUCGUUCUCGUUCAUGGAGUCAUCAACGGAAGAGACGAAGAAACCAUUGUCGUUGAAUCGUAUGGAUUCCAAAAAGCUCAAGGUAGAGAUCGUCAAGUGGGCAAAGCGUGUUGCGGCUUAUGCUCGUCAACUUAGCUCGAGGAAACAAGAUUAAGACAUUGAUGAAGAAAGCUUAUUGGAGUUUUUUGUCGUUUUGACACUAUGAUCAUUUUUGUUGUUGAAACCAUUUAGGUUACU